UUUUGAUACGAUAAUAUUUUCGUAUAAAUAGUACCCCGUCUUGAUCUCGUUAUUACAAUCAACCAGUCUUCUCCCAUUUUACGAACCCAUUCCAUUCCAAUCUUUACAAAUCAUCAAAAUGAACUUCGCCAGUAUCCUCAUCGGCGUCAUUUCUCUUUUCACCUUCACUUCCGCCGGACCAGUAAAUGUGUCUCGAUGUGAAGGUUUUGGAACACCGAUUGAGACCAGAAUUUCUGACUGUGACGGAUACUGCACAUUCAUUCCGGGACGAGUAUAUAAUGCGGAGCAAGAUUUUAUGCCAAGUGCUGCCACUCCAUCGCUCACCCUUAAGGUUGAAAUUUGCAUGAGUGCUGGAUUCUGUAUGCAAAUUUUCGAAGUGGAGCUUCCCGGUUCAUCCGUCCAGCCUGGAUUCGUCUACACGUCUAAAUACUCCGUUGUACCAAACGAUAUUUUGGCAGGUCAAACGGUCCAGAUGAGGGCCCAAAUCUCCCACACCGAUACUCGCCGUGUCGACGUUUGCAUCUAUUGUGAUGUUGAUAUUGCAGCAUUGAAAUAAAUAAA